UCGAUGUAACGAUUCAGUUUUAGGGCUUGGCAUAUAGAAUGUACCGAAUAUAAAAGAUUUGGGUUUCACUGAAAUUCUGUCAGUUUGAGUCGUGGCCGGCGGCUUGAAUCAUCCAUGGGAUUAUUACUCUUUCAGGAGUCUGCAUGUCUCACCUAUUCCUCGGCUAAGGCAAGAAACGAAAUUUUGAUGGGAGUUGAACCUGUUAUGGGAGGACAGGAAAUCUGGACUACCGAACUAACUCAUGAAGACAACAUGCAGUGUCACUUCAAAUAAUCCUUUGGACAUUCGUAGUCUAACGUAGUCAGCGAUAAAGUGCCAAUGUUCAUAAAUUACCCUGCAAAUCACGGGAUUUCCGCUAAACUGCAGCUACUCUCGGCCUAACAACCAGCAAAGAGAAAAGGGAAUCCGUUAUUUACGGUGCUUUCGAUUUCGAUCAUGUUUUAUAUCACUUAGAAUCCGGAAAUACUCGUUUCAAUGUUCUAGUUAAUGCACACUGGCAAAUAUAAUCUGCAGAACACGAACUUGAUCGCGUGUUACGUAGCAACGACAGGCGGACGGUGGACGUGAGAACGGGAACAUAAAACCCGGGCUUGAAACGGAAUAUGGCACUUAUCAAACCUUAAACUAAUGUACAUAAAACAACAUGUCACCAUGAUGUUACAAGCAAACAUAUUUUUUUAAGAACGAGGUGCUGGAAUCAUGAAUCCUAUAACUGCGUCUCAUAGAGGUAAAUCGAUAAAAGGACAUUAAUGUAAAGUAACCUGGGACAUUAUCCUACAAAAUCGCAAUGCUCGGGAAUAAAUUUGAAAACAAACGAAUCGGGUGAUAAAUUUCAGGCGGAAGACAUUACAGAAACAAUAGCAAUUUAGGCGAAAAGGUUCAACUGACAAUAUUUUACCUCAACAAGGUAAAAAGCGCUGAGGACAAUUCAUAAUAAGGAGCCAGGACAGGCUUAUGUACAUUCAUAAACACAGAUUGAUAUAGGACAACUCAUCAGGACGAGAGAUCCAAACAUCAUGCUGGGGCAUUUGAGGCCGGCGUUCGUCGUACUCUCGUUCGCGUUUUGGUAUGAGAGGCUUCCUUCAGCGAAUUCUGAGGAGAUAUCAAUAGGGGUACGGGUACAAGAUGCAAAGAAUUUCUACCUUGCUGAUGCGCUAACGAACAUGAAGGGCAACAUAAAGAUCAAUGUCGUCGACUUAAGCGUAAAUAUGUCUUAUGGAGUUACGGACUUCCGACUGCUCUAUAGAGUAUGUGAUGCGAUCCUCAACAAUGGGAUCAGCCUCGUCAUAUCUGAUGUCGCCUGUGAUGACGUCCCCAGAGCAGCUCAAGCCCUCCAAUCAUUCCCCGUCGCGCACCUGUUCAUUGUGACGUCCCCAUGCCGACCCUAUGAUGUUACAGCUAAAAACGCGCUGUUCUACCGUCCCGUGUAUUCUUGGACGAAAAUUGUACUUGAGAUCAUCAAGAGGGAAAAUUGGAAUCAUUUGAACAUUUUUUAUGACGUAACCACCGGUAAAGAAAACGUUGAUUUCAUCAUUGACACGAUCUAUAAACAGGAAAGUUCGACAUCCAUGACAAUCAUCGAUGUCACUGACCUCACAGAAGAAACACUUCAUUUUGACCUUGGGCCACUUCUGUUUUCGCUAAAAACUGAUAUUGCGUUCGGGUAUUUUGAAGUCGGACAGCAUUUGCUUCUGUGCACCAUGGAGAAGGCGGGGCUUAUUCUGAAAGCGUUUGCAGAUUAUGAGAUGCGUAAUAUGAUACAGAAAUGGUUGGUCUAUCACCCUAAGUGGCCCAAUAGAUGUGAAAGUUUCUUGUUCCUGAAUCUCACUCUCACGGACAACAUGGCCAUCAUUCGCCAUGUAUCGAGUGAUACCCGGAUUACCGAACAGACGGUGAAGGAGGAGCUCUCCAACACGCUGAUGGUCUCAUUCGGUGAAAUGUUUACCAGUCCAUUAUCUGACAUAAUGCUCAAAAACAUAUCGAAAUGCACCGACUCCGCCAACGCCGAAUUCACUAAUGCCCUGCAAAGAGUACUGGAGGCGAACAGGCCUUAUUUCGGCAUCAAUCCAAAUAUCACUCAGUUUCGCAUCGACUCUCAUGUUGGCGUUGGCCAAAUCAAAGAAGUAGCGACGUGGGACGCGGAAAGGAAGCUACAGUUUCAUGAUAAGCUUUUCCCCAAGACGCAGUGGGGUUUCCAAGGACGGAAAUUCGUCGUAUCUUCCCUUGAGUACUCGUAUUUCCAACAGAAGAGGAAUAUCAGCGGUAAAAUGACGUGGGUGGGGCUCACCUUUGAGAUCCUGAAUGAGUUAGCGAGGGUCUUAAACUUCACGUAUGAAGUGACAGAACCUCCCGACUUAUUUUGGGGAAUCAAGCAGACGGAUGGACAAUGGAAUGGCAUGAUCAGAGAGGUCCUCGACGAAAAAGUGGACUUCGCCGCUGCCUGUUUCUCAGUGACAGCCGACAGGCAACAUGUCACCGACAUGGCGUCUCCGUACUACAGCGAACAGACAGUCAUCAUAUUUCGGAAACAGGACUCGGCCGGUCCGCCACUCUACAUCCGGCCUUACUCCUACACGGUAUGGUUCUGCUUAAUUGGAUGCGUUGUUGGUUCGGGGCUUUUCUUGACUUUCUUGGCCAUCAUCAGCCCCUACGAAGGCGUCUACCCAGCCCGGCUCCCAACUCAGACGACAUUCCAAUAUUAUCGGUUCGUUCUAAUCACGUGUAUGCUGUAUGCUUAUGGAUGCGUCGUUCAACAAGGAGGAAACCGUGUCGCCGAGACUCAAUCUAUGCGUUGCUUUGCGGCCUUCCAAUGGAUCAUGGCUGUGGUGAUGAUAUCCACCUACACAGGCAACCUGAUCGCCUUCCUUGCCGUAAAACAGGUCGACAUGCCCUUCAAUACAAUCGCCGAGAUGGUCCAACAAAACAAACUGCCGUGGGGGACGGUAGAUGGUGUGGCGCUCAAUAUGCUCUUCAGAGAAUCGAACAUUAGUGACUACAAGAAGGUAUGGGCCGCUAUUGAAGCUAACCCAAGUCAAAAUCUAGUGAAAUCAUAUGAUGAUGCUCGCAAGAAGCUACAAACGGAGGAGUGGGCGCUGAUAGCGGAGAAGUCUUGGUACCAACAGGAACAAAUCAAUGAUUGUGACCUAAUCAUGGCGAAGGAGGAGUUCUUUCCAACAAGCUAUGCGUGGUCUCUCCCCAAGGGGUCGUCCUACUUACAGAUAUUUAAUGAAGCCAUUAACAAAAUCAGGGAAGCGGGCCUACUGGAAUUCUGGAUCAAGAAAUGGACCCCGCAGAAUUUGGUCUGUAAGGGCCUUGAUAAGCAGACGGUGGCAAAAGCUGCACCCCUGAAGGAGGUCCAGAGUGCUUUCAUCCUCCUCGGCUUUCUCCUAUGCUUCUGCCUCUUCAUCUUCUUGCUUGAAUGCAUGUGGAAACACCGGCCGGGACGGAGGCGACCAAAGGCUCCACAUGGAGUGCAACCCAAUGGGAACUUGUUCACUCUCUCAGCGCCGCCCGGCGGCAGUUCGACACUGAAGUUGACUGAGAUGCAGAAAACCCCAAGUUGAUGUGGACUUCUCGAUCGUCAUAACCUCCCUUUCUUGUAAUACAAUAAAGCCGAUCCCUUUACCAGUUUUUACAACAUAAAGGUCACCUGUCGCUUUAUAUGUUUAAAAAAAGUCCCCCAACAUAAUCAAACUAACUCACUACUGACCAUGAACUCAGUGAACUCAGGAAAGUUACAAAACAUGGAGCAAAGACACAAUCAUCAACAAUAAAAUCUACUUCGAUAUACUAAUACAAUAAUUUUGUCAGGCAUGUAAAUGUUACAUACAGCUUCUCUUUGGUACCGGCGUACCAUCUGUCAGUAUUUCCAUAUUUCAGUGUUCCCUUGUUGUUCCCCUAUUCUGGUAGUAAGGUGACAACAACAACUAUUUGAAGCCUGAUCUACUGUAGGGAAAACACGAAAAGAUACUACACCGGGAUGCAUUUCAGAUGCAUUCAGUUGGGGCAAUGCAUCGUAUGACAAAUGAGAAUGUGUCUGGUGAUACCUUUCUGUUCAUUCCUUUAUGAUUAUAUAAAAAAUAUGCAACUGAACUAGC